CUCUCGUCUUUGCCGCCUCUGGCUUUUUGCGAGUAGCGCGGCGGGCCUGCGAGCUGGGGCUGCAGUUGCUUCCUCGGCUUCCUCGUCCUCGGCGGCCGGCCAGGUCAGGCCAGACCCGCGCGCGGUGGGCAGCCGGUGGCUGCCUCAGGCGGAGGCGGAGGUGCGGUGGGGGGUGGGGGCCGCCGCCUUCGCAGGCGUCCGGGCCGGCCCGCGCCUUUGCAGCGUGCUCCAUGCAUCCGGAGCCCGCCCCGCCCCCGAGCAGCAGCAACCCCGAGCUUCCCCUCAGCGGCGGCAGCACCACCAGCGGCAGCCGCCGGAGCCGCCGCCGCAGCGGGGACGCGGAGCCCCCGGGGUCGCCACCCCCGCCACCCGCCGUCACCUACCCGGACUGGAUCGGUCAGAGUUACUCCGAGGUGAUGAGCCUCAACGAGCACUCGAUGCAGGCGCUGUCUUGGCGCAAGCUCUACUUGAGCCGCGCCAAGCUCAAAGCUUCCAGCCGGACCUCGGCUCUGCUCUCCGGCUUCGCUAUGGUGGCGAUGGUGGAGGUGCAGCUGGACGCUGACCAUGACUACCCGCCUGGGCUGCUCAUCGCCUUCAGUGCCUGCACCACAGUGCUGGUGGCCGUGCACCUGUUUGCGCUCAUGAUCAGCACCUGCAUCCUGCCCAACAUCGAGGCUGUGAGCAACGUGCACAACCUCAACUCAGUCAAGGAGUCGCCCCAUGAGCGCAUGCACCGCCACAUCGAGCUGGCCUGGGCCUUCUCCACCGUCAUUGGCACACUUCUCUUCCUGGCCGAGGUGGUGCUGCUCUGCUGGGUCAAAUUCUUGCCUCUCAAAAAGCAGCCAGGCCAGCCAAGGCCCACCAGCAAGCCCUCUGCCAGCGGCGCAGCCACCAAUGACAGCAGCGACAGCAGUGACAGCAGUGGCGGCAUCACCCCGGGCCAGGCUGCCGCCAUCGCCUCCACCACCAUCAUGGUCCCCUUUGGCCUCAUCUUUAUCGUCUUUGCUGUCCACUUCUACCGCUCACUGGUAAGCCAUAAGACGGACCGACAGUUCCAGGAGCUCAACGAGCUGGCCGAGUUUGCUCGCCUGCAGGACCAGCUGGACCACAGAGGGGACCACCCCAUGACCCCUGGCAGCCACUUUGCCUAAGCCCCCCCUCUAGGGUGGGCACUUCAGAGCUUUGGCCUUAACGCCCUUCCCCACGACCUUGUCCUGCCCCAGCCCAAGGACAGCCUGCGCAGGGGGCCAGGCUCUCAUCGGGGGCAGAGCGUGGAGGGAAGAGGCUUUUUUAAAGAGAAAUGACUGCACUUGAAACUUUCCUCUAAGAGAAUAAGCACUUCCUGAUCUUCCAGCUCCAGGUUCACCUCCUGUUUGGAGGCCACUGAUGGGAGCCAGAGCGGGGACAACGGUCCCUUUGUCCCUCCUCCUCCCCCAUGCCAGUGCCACCUGGAUGCCUCCUGUCCUUUUCGUCUUGACCCCCCCACCCCCGUUCAGGGUCAACUGUGUGUGUGUGCGUUUGUGAACACAGAAAUAUACUCAUAAGGGACACCUC